AUGUCAUCUUUCAGAUCCCCGGCUGUCGCAGCCUCUCUGCUGCGCAGCGCGCGGUUGAUCCCUAGCAGACAGGCUUUAGCCAUGACGCAAAGACGAUUCAAAUCCGACGACCCGACAACCUCCCUUACCGAGACGAUUGCGCCAGCCCUUCCUGAAGAGAAGUCUCCCAAUGCUCCCGACUACGGCGCUCAUAUCGACAAGGCGACUUCCACAUUUACCCCCGUGCCCAAGCGAUUAAUGGACGGUAGCGAACCCCACGAUGCCCUUCCCGCAGCUGUGCUUUCCGGUGCUCCGAUUGAACUACAAGCGAGAACCGUUCGUAUCUACCAACCUUCAAAACCCGCCACACAAUCUGGAAAUUGGGGUAGUCACCAUUGGAGAAUGGAUUGGGAUGUCCUGGCCAAGGGACAUAGAUGGGAGAACCCUUUAAUGGGCUGGCAAUCCUCUGGCGAUAUCAUGCAGGGCACCAGGCUUGAGUUCAAGUCCAAGGAAGACGCCAUUGCUUUCGCGGAGAAGCAGGGUUAUGAGUACUUCGUACAAGAACCGAAAGUACGAUCCUUUACGCCAAAAGCCUAUGCCAACAACUUUUUAUACACACCCAAGAAACUGAAGCUCAUCAGGGCUAAGUAG